GUCUGUCCGGGAACAACGUUUGAGCUGGUAGGCGGAACCUAGUUCGACAGGAUUCGUCUGGAAAACAGUGGUGGUAAAAACUCCCCUGAGCAAUCCCUACACCAACGCGUUCAACAAAGCAACUAUAGCAACCGAGGCGCGUUGUUUAUAAGCCAUCUGAAAUCAGAAGCAAAAUCGACACCAAAAUGUCACAAACUAGUCAAGGUUCUGUGAAAGCUAGUGAAAAAUCUUUGAUUUCAAAACCCAUAAGAAGUUCGUCUUGCACUAUCCCUUCGGAAAUACUAGAAUUUGACUACUCCUAUGGAUAUGACUGCAAACGGCCCUUCAACUUGUGCAAAAUUGACGACGCCACGCUCGUCUUCGCCUCCGGUAAUUUGAUUCAUUUUUUCGACGUGGCAACGCAAACCGUAACCACCCGGCGAAGUUCGACCGGCGGAGGAAUCGGCUGCAUUCAAACGAACCCCAACCCGGAGCUAUGCCACUUGACCGUGGGAGAAAAUGGAGACAAUCCACCCAUCAUAAUCUACCAGUACCCGGAAAUGAACGUAGUGAACAUUCUACAAAACGGAACAACCCAAGCGUACAGCCGUGUGGACUACAGUGCCGAUGGGGAACUGUUGGUUUCGCAGGGUUGCGAUCCGGACUACAUGUUGACCGUGUGGAACUGGCGCGAUGCGGAAAUCAUUCUGCGGUGUAAAUCGUUCUCCAACGAUGUUAUAAACGUUAUGUUUUCACCAACAGUUGCUGGGCACCUGACUUCCUGCGGCCUUGGUCACAUUAAAUUCUGGAAAAUGGCACAAACGUUUACUGGCCUAAAGCUUCAAGGUGAACUCGGCCGCUUUGGAAAGACUGAAAUUUCCGACAUCGUUGGAAUUCUCCCGAUGCCCGACGAAAAAGUCCUAUCCGGUUGUCAAUGGGGAAAUGUUCUAGUUUGGGAAGCAGGGCUCAUCAAAAUAGAGGUUUGUCGCAAAGGUCGAAAGCCGUGUCAUCAAGGUCCCAUAACGCAGAUUAGUGUACGGGACGGUGAAGUGAUGACCUGCGGAAUGGACGGGUUUAUCAGAAUCUGGUUUUGGGAAACCGUUGAGCUGGCUGAUCCUCCGGAUGAUGAUCGCGUAGUACAGAUUGAGCCAAUAAUGGAGUAUAGAAUCGGUACUGAUCUGUGGCACAGUGAGCUGAUCUGUUUGAUAAAGAAAGAAGGAGAUUUCCAGUGGUAUGCACAGGACGGCAAUGGAGGAAUUUGGGAAUGCGAUAUAACACCGGCCUACAAACCAGCUGAACCAAAGCAACUACUCAAGUGUCACUCUGGCCCAAUUAUGGCAGUUCAAUCCAGUCCAAUUACACACCACGUAGCCACUUUGGGAAGUGACGGCAGGUUAUUCAUGUACGACUAUUUACACCGAAAAAUGGUAUUCGAAUAUCGAUUCAGCUCAAGUGGCCAUGCCAUGCUUUGGCUUCCCGUUACCCUGGAACCUUCUGGAAUGAUUAUGGUGCUGGGUUUUGGAGAUGGAUUCAUUCGUAUUAUUAAAGUUAACUUGAACGCAUCAAGUACUGAAUCACCCAUUUGCAUUGUUCAGAUAAUAAAAUCUCAUUCGGAGACAAUUACAACAUUGGCCAUCAACCAGCGAGAAACUAUAUUAGUAUCAGGCUCCGAGGAUAAAUCCAUAUUUGUGCACCAAUUGAUCAGAGGCACUUCCAAUGUGACGCUAGAACCAAUUGGCCUAGUAUACACACCAUCUCCAGUGUCUAAUAUUAACUGGAAACCUAACGCUUUCGCCACUGUCCUGAUAGGCUGCCGUCAUGGACAGGUACUGGAAGUAGAACUUCCUGAAACUCCAACGGACUACACCAAUAUAUCAUACCAUUUGAAAGCUAUCGACAUAAGACAACUAACGUUUCAAUCGGUGAAAUCGGAAAUAAAACGAAACAUUCGGAUCGCGGAAAUUGAAGAACGCAAACAGCAGAAGCGAGCCAAGAAAAUGAAGAGCUUGGAAAGAAUCCGUGAAGAGAAUCCAGGAGUAGAAAUAAAUGAAAACGCUUUUUUAGAAGACUCGGAAGACGAAGAGGAAUUGGAGCAGUUAUAUAUUCCAAAGAUUCCGAAUGCCGUGCUGUGGGUACAGUACACCGAAGAGGAUACGCUGUGGCUAUCAAUGGCCGGCUACGACGCUGGAUUUGUCUAUGAGUACGAAUUCGAUGAUGAGGAUCCUGUAUCUUGUACGCCAGUUCCGGGAGCAGAAGACACCGAGAUUACCACGUAUCUCUACGAUCAACACUACCUGAUUUUUGGAAUGGGAGAUGGCUCAAUACGAGUGAACCGUACGAAAGAAGACUUUCGCGACUUGAAUGAAUACUUCACCCUCAAUAUGCAUUACAACCUGAACGGGAAAGUUUCGGGACUGGCUUUCAGUAAUGACAAUCGAUUUCUUUUUUCUGUCGGAACGGAUGGCAACUUGUUUGCCUACAAGUGGUAUUCUUCCACAGCACCGACAGCACCUCCGAAACCAAAAUCUCAAGAAAUGCCUAUUCCAUGCGUCGAAGACAUUGAAGAUCCUACCUUUUUGUCACUCGAACAGCAAAAAAUCAAACAAGAAAAUGACCGAAAAGCUAAGCUAUUGAAUGAUCAGAAGAAUGACAUUUUAAAUACCGUGGCAGACUACCGAAAGCAGUUCGAGCAAAUCCUUGCUAGAAAUCUUGCCCUCCCGGAGUCUCAACGAUUCACAAUGGAAGAUUUCACUCUGGAUGAAAGAAUUACAGCGGACUUGAAACAAGAACUUGAGGAAAAAAUGGACCUGGUCCGUCGGAAGACAGCAUUCGAUGUGGAAAAGGCAAGACUUUCUGGAGAGAAAUUGAGAAAAUUCUUUCUAGAAGAAAUGGAACACGCACCGAUCGAAGUUCUUGGAGUUAGAAUUUCAACUUCAGUGAAGUCAUUCAGGAUUGGUAAGCUGAAUGAUGAAUAUUAUCAAACUGUUGCAGAUUUGGAACACCGAAUCGAAGAAGAAGAAGCAAGAAGAAGGCGGUUCAUGGAAAUGUGCAAAUCACCGGAGGACAGAAUGGUAAAACCUGCAGAUCAUGCCAAAUUAGACCAUCGUGAAGACUCCCAACAAGACAAGAAAGAAUCAUUCCUUGAUGGCUUAACACAAUCGACGAUUGAUUUCAAGCUGGAAACUAAAAUGCGUCGUUUGCUGGCAAAAUACCGUGAGAGAAAGUCCAAGGAACGUAUUCGUAAGGUGGAGUGGGAAGAGUUAAAGGGUCGAAAACCGGAUCCAAAUGUCAACCAUCCUGAAGAUGAUGCAGCCAUCAAAGAGGCCAUCAGUACCAUCGGAGACUACAAACUAAAAACGGACCUUGAAUAUGAGCCAAACGAAGAAGAACUGGAAACUACACUGACCAAGUACCGCGACCUGUUGCAAGUGAGGAAAGAGAUGUGCACAAUUCGCAGCAACUACAAUGAGGAAGUGUUUGCGCUGAGAGAUAAAAAGAAAGCUCUAAAGGAAUACGUCGAGCAGAAAAGGCAAAAGCUCAUAGACAUUCAUGAGGAGAUUCCUGAACAACAGCGAAAAAUGCCUCCAGUUGAAGUCACUAUCAAUAUUGCUGUAGAAUAUCCUGAAAAUGAGCUUGAAAUGGCGGAAAAUCUGAAGUCGGAGAAAGAUAUCCCUGUGGUGGUUAGAAGAAGGCGAAUGGAUUUGGGUAGCACCGAAUACGCCGAACGAAUGCAGAAAUAUGCUCUGGGGUUGGCACCGCAUCCAAAUGGUACUCCUUACACACCGUUGGGAACCGAAUGGGAAAAGGAGCUGAGAGAAAUGAGAUUGAUGAAAAAGUUGUUUAAGCAGGAUAAGAUCAUCGAUAAAAUUACGAGGAAGAUUGAUGAUUUUGACCGAGAACUAACUGAGCUUUCCGAACGCCGAAUGAAGGUCGAAGUGGACGCCAAGUACUUGGAAAUUUAUCAAUUGACGCUUUAUCAAGAACUAUGGAUUUUGAAAGACUUUGAAAAAAUAGAACGUAAGAUGAUCAACACCGUGGAAGAACUCACCCUAGAGCGAAAUAGUCUGCAAAAUUUAGUCGUUGAAUCUAAGCAGUACAUAGAACAAUCUAAGCAGGAAAUGGAACAGAUUAGAUCAGAGCAAAAGUCAAUAUUUCAACAAUUUACGGCCAGUUGUGCAGAUAACAGUUUUUCGCCAUUCCUCAAACGUAUCUACAAGAAAAAGUACAAGCCGUGCAAAAUCAACAAUGAUAAAGACGAGACCGAAUCCUCGAGUGAGUACUCUUCCGAGGACAUCGAUGCGUUGGAGAAUGCUGUCGAUACAGAGGUCAGUAAGAUAUUCCUUGACGAGCAACCGUGUCCAAUUGGAUGCGACCCGGAACUGUAUGAGCUAACUAUCAAAUUGAGAAACGAGAAGUUAGAAUUGGAAAAGAGAUACUACGAAGAGAACAGAACACUAAACGAAACCAUCAAAACCAUGGAAGGAUACAAGAUGAAGCUGGUUUACGUAGAAGCACGACUUAAUGACAAGAAGCGAGAGUUGCUGAACUUCAGGCGAGAGAAACAAGCCAGAUUGAAUGAUAUAGACACACUUGUCAUACUGAAGAUGGAUCAAAUGCAAUAUUUCAGAACGGAAACUGAAUUCUAUGAUAUCGCGAAUAGUUUGCUAUUCAACAAUGAGAAAUUGAUGAAGCUGUAUGCUCGGGUUGGUCAGCUGGCUAUGGAAACCCUAGAAACUAAACGAAAGCACCGCAUCAACGUUGUACAUUUGGCACGAAUGCGCACGGAUAUCAAAUACAUGGAUCAGCAGAUUAUCGUACUCAGAGAUGAAAUCAAUCAAGCGAUGAUCAAAAAGUUUGGAAGAAUAAUCAAUCUGGAUGAGUUAGAGGAAACUAUACUGCGGAAGUUUGCUUUUGAGAUGAGAGCUAAUAUGGAUGACGUAAAGAAGAGCUAUGCAGAAAGGACGAGGGAUUUGAAAAACCUUUACUCGAAGAAACAACAGGAGCUAACAAAAGUGAUUCAGGAAGGAACAGAAAAACUGCAUAUUUUGACCGUCUUACAAGAAGAAUAUAACAAUUUAACGAAAAUGCUGGCACAUCAGAAAAAGUUAAUGGAGAAGAAGGACCAAACUCCAAUCAACUAUGAGUCUGAUUUGGCAAAACUCAAAGAAAUAGCCAAAGCUCAGAAGGAACAAAUCAACAUGCUGCAGCGAGAAAUUCGAACGUUGAGUAUGAAGUGUAAGCCGCUAAGUUCAGAUACCGCUCAAAUCAUGGAGUCGUUGCAGCAAGGAAUAAAGCCUGGAAAAAUAACGGAUGAUUCUACUUAUCCAAACGUGAUGGAUUCAGCCCCUCCCAGUACAAGAGCAAGUUCACCGGAUAACUUUUUGUACAACGAAAUUUCAUCUCUGGUCGACGAUUUCCUGGUUGAUCAUUUAGGAACAUUUGUCCAAAAGUCGGACAUUAAACGAGUUGUCACCCACUUGUCUCAUUACCUGUCCAACAUAAUUGCCAACUUUGCACCAGAGCAUGCUAGUGACCUUCUCCCACAUAUUAUCGAAAACUUCAAGUCAUUCAUUCCGGAGGAACUUUUGUUAACCAUCCCUCCGCAGUCCAUAGCCGAGUUGAUCGAGAACAUAUUCCGUACAUUCAAAGAGGGCUAUGACAUCGAUACCAAGGAGAUCCUCAACGAGAUCAUCAAUAACAGUUUGGAGAUGGUUCCUCCUGCUUCUCAGAACUACUCGUACAACAUCCUGGCGGAUAUUCUCAAGCAGGUUCUGUCCACCCUCCAUAUCACUGACAUCAACCAUCCGGAAACGGUCAACUUCAUUGCGAACGGUCUUCGGAACAAACCGGGAAUCGAUCCACCGGCUGUCAAUGUUGAACAACUUUCACACGAGCUACUACAGUAUGCAGCCGAGAACAUGGUAGACGACGUCAGUCAAGACACCAUCAGACAUAUCAUCGAAGGGAUUCUACAGGUUAGCGCUAAGUAACAUAGUAAGUUAUCAGUUUGAAGUAAAUUGUGAAGCUAAUUUUUCUACGCAGUGUUUGAGUGAAAUGAAUCAUUUUCUUGUAACCAGAUAGAACUGGAGUGUGAUUCAAAUCAGCUGGACUAAGGUUAUAUUGAUAUAAAUCAUGUGGACUCCGUCACUUGUGAAAUUUUAUUAUUGCUUAUCACCUAAAAGGGGAUAACCUACUAGAACUGGACUUUUCCUAUAACUGUUAUCGUACAACAAGUCGUAAUCUGUGGAAAUCUUCGCUUAUUGGAAACUCUCAAUUAUUCAUUCACGUCAACAUUCACCUCGUAUUUCUUUCCAUGGGUUCAAAUUGUUUGUCACUUGGUGAUAGCAGCUUUCUUGUCCGAACCUUUUCCCGGUGCAAAAUCAUCAUGCGCCCACACCGUGCCUGUGCGCGUGAUAUCUUGGUGCGCAGUAGCGCACACCAUUCGCCUCGCAAACAAUGAACGAUUCUGUGCCCGUAAGCUUGGUAGUGUGAUUGAGCAUGUUCGUUAUCAGCAGCCAGGAAAUGAGCACGCACCAUUUGGCGUGAUGUCAAUCGCUGUCUGCGUUGGGAAAUUUGAGGACUCUCCGCACAAACACCUAUGAUAGAUCGGCGAAAAGCACUGGUUCCAGCUGGAUCAGAUUACACUUGUAAAAUUAAUUACAAUAAAAAUACCGGAUUAUGCCAGAUUUGUAUUCGGGCUCAUUCCAUAUUCUGGUAGAAUUCCAUCGAAAAAAAUUGACCCUCUUGAUCUGCCGGGUUAUCAGUCGUUUUUUUUCAGCUUCAGCGCAAGCUUAUUGACUGCGAUGUUCAUGGACAAACCGAAUUUUUGCCAAGUCAUUCAAUUAAGCCAUACCAACGUACGGACGGGCACAUGAUUUCCUGUUGUGUACAUACUGCAUUCGUGUUAGAUAAGACAAUAAUGGUCAGAUAGGGAGACGAUGGAAAGUUUUUUGCGCAUCUAUCCAUGGACAAAAACAAAUUUAUUUUGAGACCAUGAUGCUCAAAGAAUGAUAGGAAUUAAAUUUAUAAGGCUUGUGACCUCGAAAAUGUUGGAAACUUUGAAAACUGAAGGUGAAUGAAAAUGAAACAUUUUGAACGAAUUUUUGGAUUUGAAAAAACUGCUGAGAAUCAUUU